AGCUCCCCCGGGCCCGGGGCCGUGACCGCGGCCGGGACUGCGCAGGCGCGGCGGGCGGAGGCCCCGCCCCGCCCUUUCCGGCGCGGGCGGCGAACAUGGGGACACCGCAGAAGGAUGUUACAAUAAAACCCGACGCCCCAAGCACGUUACUUUCGGAGAAACACGCGGAUUAUAUAGCUUCGUAUGGAACAAAGAAGGAUGAUUAUGAAUACUGUAUGUCGGAGUAUUUGAGAAUGAGUGGUGUCUACUGGGGGCUGACAGCAAUGGAUCUCAUGGGGCAGCUGCACCGAAUGAACAAAGAGGAAAUUCUGACAUUCAUCAAAUCAUGUCAACAUGAAUGUGGGGGAAUAAGUGCCAGCAUAGGUCAUGAUCCUCAUCUUCUGUAUACCCUCAGUGCUGUCCAGAUUCUUAUCUUAUAUGAUAGUCUCCAUGUUGUUGAUGUAAAUAAAAUUGUUGAAUAUAUACAGAGCUUGCAAAAAGAAGAUGGAUCUUUUGCUGGAGACGAAUGGGGAGAAAUAGAUACAAGGUUCUCCUUCUGUGCUGCAGCAACUCUUGCACUUCUGGGAAAGCUGGAUGCUAUUGAUGUGGGGAAAGCAGUAGAAUUCGUUUUGUCCUGUAUGAACUUUGAUGGAGGAUUUGGUUGUAGACCAGGUUCCGAAUCACAUGCAGGACAGAUCUAUUGUUGCACAGGAUUUCUGGCUAUAACAGACCAGUUGCAUCAAGUGAAUGUUGACCUGCUGGGUUGGUGGCUUUGUGAACGUCAGUUACCUUCUGGAGGUCUCAACGGGCGACCAGAGAAGUUACCUGAUGUGUGUUAUUCGUGGUGGGUGCUAGCAUCUUUGAAGAUGAUUGGUAGGAUACAUUGGAUUGAUGGAGAGAAACUGCGCUGCUUUAUUUUGGCUUGCCAGGAUGAGGAGACUGGUGGAUUUGCUGACAGACCAGGAGAUAUGGUGGAUCCAUUUCACACCUUAUUUGGAAUUGCUGGACUAUCUUUAUUAGGAGAAGAACAAAUUAAGGCCGUCAAUCCUGUCUUUUGUAUGCCAGAAGAUGUCCUUCGAAGAAUAAAUGUACAACCUGAGCUUGUGAGCUAAGCCUUGUAGAGACAAAAGGUUGAUAUGACCAGUUGCUUUGGUUUUACUAAUUUAUAAUCUCAUCUGUGAAACUGUCAGCAUAUUCUUCCUUGAGAUGUGUUUACAUUAUAGAAGUAAAGCAAUAGCUUUGCUGUGGGCUUUGUCACUUUGUAAAUUGUAUCAGAACAGGCCGGUUCUCAUAAUCUAAGUGUAACAUGUUCUUUGAUUAUAUUAUAAGAGAUGUAGAAACAUUUCCAAUCUGUAUCUAAAUGUAUGGGCCUUGGCUUUUUUUUUUUUUUUAAAUAUUCAAAUCAAAGCUUGAUUGUGUGAAUGCCUAAUUUUUGUGUUACUGUGAUAUCAGCCAUGCUAACACUGGUCUUUACACAGGCCUCUUUUGAUGGUGGAUCACACAGAGCACUUUAAAAGAAGAUUGAAAAAAAAACCCAACACAACCAACAAAAUCCUACUUAAGCCAUGCACUUAAUGCCACACACUUGUGUAUUUAAUUUUUCCUGUUCAUGCUUACCAUCAGUUUUCUAUACUGAGAAACAAGCUGCUUCUUCUGAUAGUAAUUGAUACCAGUAAAACCAUAAUUAUGGUUCUUCUAAGUAUAUAAAUGUCUUCAUUUAUUGAUGAGUCCCUUAGACAAAAUUCCACUGAUAUUUGACAUACAGCAUACCUUGAGUAUACAGAGUGAAAGUUGCUAACAUUAAGUAUUCUAGAGAAGGUCUGUACAGGACAGUGACUUGUAAUUGAAUAUAGAGCUGAUUCUAAAUUUGUUGCUGGGUUGAAAUCCUGCUUUUGUAGCUUUUAAAACAAUAAUUACCAACACUUGAUUAUGGUGUAAUUGAAAAUAAAACUAGCCAUGGAAAAUA